AUGGUUGAGACUGAGUUUGUUCAUGGUUUUGUUAUUGUUUCACAAGUGCAGAUCGACGUCGCCUUCCUCGGGAUGUACGCCGCCGGCCACCUCGGCGACCGCCUCGACCUCCGUCUCUUCCUCCCCGCCGGCAUGAUCGGCAGCGGCGCGUCGGUCGGCCUAUUCGGCAUGGGCUACUUCUGGCACCUCCACGUCUUCGGCUUCUACGUCGCCAUGCAGAUGCUCGCCUGCCUCCUCCAGGCCACCGGCUGGCCUCCUGUCGUCGCCGUCGUUGGUAACUGGUUCGGCGAGCGGAAGAGAGGGAUUAUAAUGGGAAUUUGGAACGCCUACACCUCGGUCGGGAACAUGGGCAGCUCGCUACUCGCCGCCAGUGUGCUCCAGUACGGGUGGGGUUGGUCCUUCAUUCUUCCGGGGGCUUUGAUUGCUCUCGCUGGGGUUCUGGUAUUCCUGUUCCUGGCGGCAUACCCGGAGGAUCUCGGGUUUUCUAGCCCUCGGAAGAAGGCCCAAGUGGCGCGAGAUGAGGAGGAGGGUCGAGUGCAUGAUGGAGGAAAUUUCAGCACUGCUACAAAGUUACAGUCUUUCUAUCAAAGCUGCGAUUUAGAUUGA